AUGCCUGCGCCACUGGCCAAAGGCACCGGCCCGCGCUUCGCAUCCCCGCAAGCCAACACUCAAACCCCGCCGCACCGUCCUAACCACCCCUUCACAUCAGGCCUCAUAAUCGCCGCGUCCGUCAUCGUCGCCGCCGGUAUCGCUAUCUACGAGUCUCCCCAAGUGCGACAAUGGGCCGAUCAAACCCGCCGCAAGAUCGCCAUCGCGCUGCAUAACCUUGGCGAUGACAUUCAGCCUCGACGCCCGAGCGAAUCGUCCGAUGACUUCGAAGCUAGGAAGCAACGGAGGGAGGAGUUGAUCAGGAGGAAUAGGAACGAACUGAUCAGGCGGGCGAGGGAAGAGGGUAUUGCUGUCGAUCUGGAUGAGCUGGCGAGGAUCGGUGCUGAGACGGCUGAGGUGGCUGCCAGGCGGUCCAGGGCUGAUCGGACGAGAAGCUUCGACGACAUGGUUGGCAGCGAUGGCAUGCUCAGGGCCAACGCGACGGCAACUGGCACAGACAACUCGAAUGGCAAUCUCAAGAAGCGUGGUGCUGCUGGCUUUGCCGCCGGCUCCGCUGCCGCUGCUACCAUGGCCAACCCCUUCUCCGACGACCAAGUCCUAUUCGACCACGACGAAGACGAAGCGCCCUCACCCAAGCCAUUCACUUACGAAGAACCCGCCGCCCGCGAAAGCUCCGCUACAAUCGUAGCCGACGUCCCCUCCACACCCACCACCGGCACACUCGUCGACCUAACACCCGACCCCGAGCACUCCCUCCCCGAGAUCCCAUCGCCCGCGCAACCCCCCCAAGAAGACGCCGACCAAGCCGCCCAAUCCUUCUACUCCUUCACCUCCUCGCAAGCAGGCGAACCCACUCCAUCCCACCCCUUCUUCGACGACAACGACGCCGAGCACCUCUCCACCGGCACCCUAACCCCGCGCUCCGAGCGCUCCAUGACCAUGAGCGGCUCCGUCGCCUCCGCCCACGCCAACGACAUCGCCAUCCUCAGCAUGCCCAACAGCGAACAAAACGACACAGACCACGACGCGCGUUCAGAAAGCGGGUUCACAGAUGCCUUUUCCGAGGGCGGCUUCAGCGAGUUCGACGGCGAUAGGCAGGGCAUUAUGACGCCUACGAGCUGGACGGAUGUGGGUAGUGAUGAUGAUAGUGAGUGGGGUGGUGCUGGACAGGCGGGGCACGUGAGUCAGAUACAUCAGUAG